AUGGCAACGCAAAGGAUCGCAUUCAAAGUCCAUGGCACGGUGCAAGGUGUCGGCUUCCGUGACUUCACCCUGAAGCGUGCUACCGAACACGGCCUAAAAGGCUGGGUCAAGAAUACAGACUGCGGAAGAGUUGAGGGCGAAGCGCAGGGAACCGAAGAAACCUUACAGAAGUUCCUCAAGGAUAUCAACAGUGGCCCGCGAUUGGCACACGUAGUCAAACUGGAGCAAAAAAAUCUGGAUUCGAAAGAAGAUGACGUCCAAUUUGGGCUCAAAAAGACAUCGGCGUCUGUAUUUGAAUCUCUUUGA